GUAGAGAGCGAGAGAGAGAAAGGUACGGAGAAGAUCAUCAGUUGCUAGCGUUAACAUGGCGGAGACCGUACGCUCGCUCUUCGACUACCGGGAGCCACCGACCCUAGACAGCGACGGAGAGGGCAGCAAACCAGCGCCACCGCAACGGGGACGCGGCUGUGGAAGAAAAAGAAAAGGGACACCUGUUAAAGUCUUCGUCACUGACAAUGUGGAGGAGAACGUGCCUGAACACAGCUAUGGCCCAGGUGAUCGUAAGGAAGCAGCAGAGAACAAGCGACCUACCCUGGAUGGACCAUUCUACACCACUGACCCUGCACACAACUGUGGUUCGUCAGAGCAGGGCGAGGAGGGUGGAGCUGGGGUGGCAAGGGGAGGGGCUGGGGGGUCGGUGUACCCCCCCCCCCCUAACUGCCGUAUCCGAGAGGUGCACUGUGGCAGCCAGGUGCGUCUGGUGGUCAUCGCCAUCAGAGACAUCACUAAGGGAGAGGAGAUCACCGUGGACUACAGCCUGACUGAGUGGGGAGACAACACCAUGGGAUUCCGUGGCCCAGUCUCUCCCGGGCGUUACGAGUGCAACUCCGACCCCGAGAACGACAAUAUCAAAAAGGAGGAGGAGUCUAUCUCUCCCUCCACCCAGCAGGACUACCUCACCCCCUCCUGGUCCCUCUCUCCCUCCUCCUCCCCCGUCUCCCACUCUGAUGCCAGCGACUCAGACCCUGAGAACGAAGCCGGUGAGGAAGGAGCGCCCCGGGGCCCGCGCCAUCCGGCGCUGCAAGAAACCCCACACUCCCUCCAAGAGAAAGACACCACACCGGACGCACCCGGGAGCAGGGCGUGGACCCCUGCUGGUUCACCAGCCCCUGCCCUCCUCCCCCCUUCCACACUCCCCCCUCCUCCUCCAGCACCAGACCUCUCUUCAAGGCCCCGGCUCCGCUAGCA